GCUCUAACCUAAUUUACCUAAUCUUGGUUAUGGUUUGUUUACAGUUUAUGAACGUUUCCCUCUUUUCGAAUACCUUGUGAUACUGCUAAAUAUAUUAGCACUGAUCUAAAGAAUUUAAAUAAGACAAAAUCCAAAUCUGAAAAUGGCCGCGGCUAUGCCAAUAAACCCCAAACCGUUCCUGAACAACCUUACCGGCAAAGCGGUGUUUGUGAAGUUAAAGUGGGGCCACGAAUACAAAGGGUAUUUGGUGUCCGUGGACGGCUACAUGAAUCUACAGCUGGCAAAUUGUGAAGAAUUUAUUGAUGGUGAUGCUACAGGUAACUUAGGAGAAGUCUUUAUCAGAUGUAACAAUGUCAUGUUCAUUAGAGGUGCAGAAGAGGAAGACGAAGAAGGUGAAAUGAGAGAAUAGGCUGAUGCCUCUGUAUAUCUAUUGUACUUCUGCUUAAAUUUUUUUUUAACAUUGUACCUGUAUUUUCUAAUAAAAUAACCCAAAAGUACUGUAUACAA